UGAUGGAGGUCCCCACAGACAGCCCCUUCACUGAGGAGCAGACACGCCUCUACUUCAGAGACAUCGUCUUGGCCAUGGAGUACUUGCACUACCAGAAGAUAGUCCACCGGGACAUCAAGCCUUCUAACCUGCUGCUGGGUGACGACAGUCAUGUGAAGAUUGCCGACUUUGGGGUCAGUAACCAGUUUGAGGGCAACGAUGCCCUGCUCUCCUCCACAGCUGGGACUCCUGCCUUCAUGGCUCCAGAGACCCUGUCAGACAUCCGCCAGAGCUUCAGUGGCAAGUCCAGUGAUGAGAGUCCCACAGACAGCCCCUUCACUGAGGAGCAGACACGCCUCUACUUCAGAGACAUCGUCUUGGGCAUGGAGUACUCCCUCGUCUAG